AUGACACUCGUCGCGGCUCUUUGGACGCUGCCACCAUCGGAUGUCCUUAUCGCUAGCAGCAGUUGGUUCCUAUGCUUUCUCUUUGCACGUUUCUUCUUUUCAUGGUGGUUGUUUCGUGAUUACGUUGUACGCAGUGCUGCCACACCACUUCUCUUUGCAGCAUCACUGACGUUUUCACUCAGUAUCUUUCAAAUGGUGUUAUUUGAAGUAAUGGACGUGAUGAACGUCCUGAGUCGGCAAUGGGUUUGGAGAAUUGAUCUCAUUGCCAUGACGUAUUUGGUCGUAUUUGUACUACCACUCUCGCUUUUCUAUGAACUCGCGAGAGAAUAUGGUUUGACCAAGAAACACGCUGCUGGGACCGCGACUGGGACGUUAUUAGUAUAUCUUUAUGGCUUUUGGAGACUUGGGAAAGUACUGGAACAGGAUUUACCGGAUCAAUCGGUUGAAGCUUUCUUUUCGAUUAGGAACUUUGUAAGUCGAGUGAGUCUCCUCGGUGUAGUGUUCAUGGCACUAUUAUCGGGUUUUGGAGCCGUAAACUGUCCUUAUGAGUACAUGACGUUCUUUUGGCGUCGAGUAGCAGAAGAGGACAUUGAGUUUCUCGAGAAACGGCUGCGGCAUAAUCUGGAUAUUUUAAUAGCAAAGAAGAAGCGGCUAAUACUUGAGGUGAGAGCGUUGACAAGACGACAGGACGAGGCGAUAGGUGGAAGCAGGAAAGACUCGUUGUUUUCACGAGCAAUUUUCAACUUCUUCUCGUCCAGCAGCGAUAACAUGACAUACGUCAAGGGAUUAGAGGCCGAGAUCUUGACACUCGAGAGUCUUGGACGCGAGCUGUUUUUGGAAGUAAAUGACCUCCGAGAUGUACAGGCUCGAUCAUUGCGUGCAAGCACGUUGCGGGGUCGUCUGUUCAACUUUUUCGGCUACGUGAUGUCUGCCUUCUGUAUGUAUAAAAUGGCAAUGAGCACCGUAAAUGUGGUCUUUAGAAAAAACCGUGACAAGGAUCCAAUCACUGAUGCUGUCGAAAAGCUGUUGUACAUCUGGCCGUCACUGGCGAUGCAACUGAACAUCCGCUUUGUGUCGGAGAUAGCGUCACUUGGCUUUGUCGGAAUUCUCGUUUUCACUCAGACACGAGGCUUUCUCGUGACGUUAUUAAAGUUCUUCCGCACUUAUUCGAGCACCGUAUCCUCAAACAGCGUCGUGCUCUGGCUGGCGCAUCUCAUGGGAAUGUACUUUGUCUCAUCCUUUGUCCUUAUGCGAAUGAAUCUCAGUCCGCUGCACCGUCAGCGGAUUGACGAAGUGCUGGGCGAAAUUGAGUUUAACGUGUUCCACCGGUAUUUCGACAUGAUGUUCGUUAUAAGCGCGUCCUCCAGCCUUGGGAUAUUGGCGCUCACCAAAUUCUCCAAGGCUUCGCGCACGGCCAACAAUGACUAUGGCGCACACGACAAGUUUCCGUAA